AUGGCAGAAAUUAGCAAAGAUCAAGAGAGAAGUGAAACAAGAGAACUUUAUGUAGAAAAAUCAUUUAGAUCUUGGGAUGAAAAUAUUAAGAAGCGAACAUUUCUUUGUCGCCAUUCAGGAAUCUUUAAUUCAUGUAAAACAGCUCCCCUUGAGAAUCAUGAAGGCAAUUAUAUAGUGACUUUACUUGUUAAUGAACACCAAGAACAUGUUUUAUCUUCAGAUAAUGCAUAUUUGUUACCUCAGUUUCAUAAAUUAACUGAACCAAUGCUUGCUGAUAUUAACCAUUUUUGCCACCAAAAAUUAUUAACACUUAAUGAUACAUGCAAUUUGUUAAAUGAUUUACUUGCUAAGAAAGCAAAUAAUUCUGAAUGUGUUGUUGAAUAUCAAAUAGAUCCAUUAAUACGAGCAUUAAAAUAUUUAUUUUGGAUAGAACUACAUCAAGUUCAAUUAUAUACUCAUUAUGGAUCUAUUGUCACACAUAACAAUACAGCAAAAACAAAUGUUUACAAUCUACCAUUAUCAUUUUUUUUAGUUGUUGAUAACAACUAUAAUUCAAGGCCUAUUACACAGGCAUUUAUUGAAGAUAAAACAUUAGAAUCAGAACAAAUGAACCAUAGCUUUUUGAAUUAUGCAAAGGAAUUACCAAAAUAUGUAGCUCUUGAGGAGGGCGAAAAAGUGAAUUGUGUAACUUCAUGUUUGGAUGAAAUUUUUGACUUACUCCAAAUAGUAAUUACCAAUACACUUGCAAAAUGUCUACAACUUUGGGCUGGUAAUAGGUGCUUUGUUCAAUUGGGAAGUUCUAAUAAUGAUAAUCUCCAUUCUUUUUCUAUGAAGUGGGCACCCAUUUUGGGUAAUAAUUUUCAUAGUUUUUCUAAUCAAGAAAUUGAGUUAAUACAUUCUUAUUUAAAAGAAAAACAAUGUUAUGCCAAAAUUUUUAGACUCACUAAAACUCUAGUAAACAAAGCAAUUGAGUUAGAAUUGGAUGAACAAUUAACUUCAUUACUCAAGAAUUUUCAAAAUAACUUAACUAUGCUAAUUGCUAAUUAUCAGAAUAAUAUUGUUCUAGAAAAGGAAAAUGUGCAAAAUAAUAUUGUUAAAGUUGAAAAUCCAGUAGCAAAAAAGAAAAAAGGGUAUUUACAAGGAGCACAACGUAUUUUUUCUAGCAUCGAAGUUAAUCA